AUGAGUCGUUUCUUCGCAACUGGAACUGAUUCCGAUUCGGAAAGCUCAACUGAAGAAGAGCCAGUAAUACGUGCGCCAGCGCCCGUAUAUACGUUCAGCGAUGAUGAAGAGGAAACAAAACGUGUGGUACGGUCCAUGAAAGAGAAGAGAUAUGAAGAGCUUGAAGGAAUUAUUCAUUCAAUUAGGAAUCAUCGUAAAAUAAAAGAUUUCUCGUCAGCAUUGGCAUCCUUUGAAGAGCUUCAGAGGGCAUACACUAGAGCCUCAUCUGUUAUUCAGAAAGAAGAAAAUGGAAUUGCUCCGAGAUUUUUCAUUCGAGCCAUGGUUGAACUGGAUGAUUGGGUUGCAUCAGCCUGGAAUGAUAGAGACAGUAGAAAGGCUAUGUCCAAGGGGAACAGUAAAGCCUUAACCUCCUUACGUCAAAAGCUUAGGAAGUAUGCAAAAGAAUUUGACUCUGAAAUUGUAAAAUUCCGUGAGAACCCUGAUCUACCUGAUGAUGAUGAUGAGCGUAAGGAUACUUCAUCGUCUGAUGAGUCUGAUGAUGAAGUAAAGGUAAAAGAGAAGCCCAAAGCUCGCCGUUCACCUGAGCCACAACGUCGGCCUCCACCACAAGAUGAUGAGUCAUCAGACUCCAUGGACUGGGGUUCUAGCUCUUCAGAGUCUAGUUCCAGCUCUGAUGAUGAGACGCGGGGAGCUACGACUCUUCGUGAACGUUUCUUAAAACGCGCAACCGAAAGAGACGAUGAUGAAGAAGGGGAUCGUCGCCGAGCCAGACGUGAGAGACGUGAAAGAGUUGGAAAGGCCAGCAAGAAGGAUCAAGCCGACGAUGGGGGUGAAUGGGAGACAGUACGGAAGGGUGCAGCCACAUCUGACAAACCGAAAAUGUUUGCUAAGGAUAGUGACAUUGAUGCAGCUUUGGUAGUGAAGAAACUUGGAGAAGUUAGUGCAGCUCGUGGUCGCAAACGCACCGACCGUCGUGCACAGCUAGAGCUAUUACAUGAGCUACGUACAGUUGCCGCACAACAUAAUCUCGGUGACGCUCUUCAACUGAAACUUCGCGCAGCAACUGUAGCUGCACUUUUUGAUUAUAACCCUAAAGUUUCUGAUGCUAUGAAACCUGAAUACUGGUCCCGGCUUGUUGAAAAUGUUGAUCACAUGGUGACUAUUUUACUAGCCCAUGAGGAUAUGGUCCUAAGUGAAAUGAUAACUGAGGAGAAUGAGCAGCUAGUGACUCCUCCUUAUCAAGUUAGAGGUUGCUUGCUUACAGCACUUGAGAGGCUUGAUGAUGAGUUUACCAAGCUCCUAAAAGAAUGUGAUCCUCACUCCAAUGAGUAUGUAGAGAGAUUGAAGGAUGAAGUAAGAGUCUCAGCCUUGAUCGAUCGCGUUUGCCAAGUCGUGGAGCGUGACGGCACGCCUCAAGAAAUCUGCCGCGCUUACCUGCGUAAAAUCGAUCAUCUUUACUACAAAUUCGAUCCUAGGGCUGUGAAAAAAGACCUUCCACCGGGCGAAGAGACGUCGAUUAAGAAGAUGGAGAAAUUCUGCAAGUUUAUCUAUGCAAAUGACGAAUCUGAUCGUUUGCGUACGCGCGCAAUUCUGUCGCACAUCUAUCACCAUGCAUUGCAUGACAAUUGGUUCCAAGCGCGCGAUCUAUUGCUGAUGUCUCAUCUUCAAGAGAACGUCCAACACUCUGACCCCAGCACACAAAUCCUAUAUAAUCGGACAAUGGCUAAUUUAGGCUUAUGCGCUUUCCGACGAGGUAAUGUUAAGGAAGCGCAUGGUUGCUUAGCGGAACUGAUGAUGACUGGUAAGCCCAAAGAGUUGCUGGCUCAGGGGCUUCUGCCUCAGCGUCAACACGAACGUUCUAAGGAGCAGGAAAAGAUUGAGAAGCAGCGUCAGAUGCCCUUCCAUAUGCAUAUAAAUCUGGAAUUGCUAGAAUGUGUUUACCUAGUGUCAGCUAUGUUGAUUGAGAUACCUUAUAUGGCAGCUCAUGAGUUUGAUGCUCGUCGUCGGAUGAUCAGUAAAACGUUUUACCAGAACUUGCGAGCGAGUGAGCGUCAGGCUUUAGUGGGUCCACCAGAGUCGAUGAGGGAGCACGCAGUUGCGGCCGCCAGAGCUAUGCGUCGUGGUGAUUGGCGCGCAUGUCUCAACUUUAUCGUCAAUGAAAAAAUGAAUGCAAAGGUAUGGGACCUUAUGGUUGGUGCUGACAACGUCCGGGCGAUGCUUGGCCGUUUGAUCAGAGAAGAGUCACUGCGAACAUAUCUCUUUACAUACGCCCACGUAUAUGCGUCCCUGUCUCUUCGUUCUCUGGCUGAAAUGUUUGAGCUGCCUCGUCAACGUGUCCACUCCCUCGUCUCCAAGAUGAUCAUAAAUGAGGAACUACUUGCUUCCCUUGAUGACCCAAGCGAAUGCGCUAUCCUUCACCGUUCAGAGCCAACUAGGAUGCAAGCGCUGGCGCUACAAUUGGCUGAUAAGGUUGGCAAUUUGGUGGAUUCAAACGAGCGCAUCUUCGAAAAGCAAGGAUCGUUCUUCCAGCGAGGCGGCGCUCCGCGUGGCGAAGGCCGACAGCGAGACCGUCCACGAGAAGGUUGGGGGCGGCGCCAACGCAACCGCCGUCGUGACGAUGAUCGUACACAUGAAGAUUAA